AUGGACCGCGGAGCUGCCGCGGCCCAGGGCACUGCCCCGCCUCAGGUUGGCGAGCAGCCCGCGGAGUCUCCAGAGCCGCCGCCGCCGUGGCCACCGCCGAAGCCGCCGCCGUCACCGCCGGCGCGAGCUCCUCAGCUGCUCCACGCGCCUUCGCCGGCACCGGCACCGCAGUUCUGUCCAGAGCCUGCUCCAGAACCCGGUCCGGAGGCGAUCCCAGAACCAGCCCCAGAACUAGACACACAAGCGAUCUCAGAACCAGCCACGGAACCAGCCCCCGAGCCGGCCCCAGAACCAGCCACAGAUCCGGCCCCUGAGCCGAUCCCAGUACCAGCCGUAGAACCGGCCCCCGAGCCGGCCCCAGAACCAGCCACAGAACCAGCCACAGAGUCCUGCCCUGAGCCGGCUCAAGUGUCCUGUCCGGAGCCGAGCCCAGCACCACAUCUAUUGCAGUGUCCGGUGGUAGCUCCAGAGAAAGGUCUAAGGACCUCGCCAUCGCCACGAACGCUAGUGCCAGUGCCGUUGUCCAAUAUAAAGAAAAUACUGAAGGAAGGACCUCUGCUGAAGAACUGUAACUCCUUCAAGAGGUGGAAACUCAGAUAUUUUCUGGUUCGAGGACAAAGGCUCUGCUUUGCACACCAUCCUGCGUUUGCACGCUUUGAAACAAUUGAUCUGUCUCAAGUUGCCUUGGCAGAAAGCAGCUGUAGAAACCUUUGCCACAGUUUUUGCGUGAUCACACCACAACGAAAAGUUACACUGGCUGCACCCAACCGGAAAGAUAUGGAAGAAUGGAUUAACGUCAUAAAAACCGUGCAACAGGGAGAAAUUCGUAAGAUACCUGCAGCAGAAAACAACCCUUUUCUUGUUGGAAUGCACUAUUGGUACUCAAGCCACAGUCCCCGGACCCAGCACUGCAAUGUUUGUCGGGGGACCAUUCCUGCCUUAUCUCGAAAUGUUAUCAUCUGUGAAGUGUGCAAAGUAAAGUCUCACAGAUUAUGUGCUUUAAGAGCAAGCAAAGAUUGCAAAUGGAAUACAUUAUCCAUUACUGAUGACCUCCUCAUGCCUGCAGAUGAAAAAACUAUGCCCCAUCAGUGGGUAGAAGGAAACAUAUCUGUCAGUUCUCAGUGCGCAGUAUGUCACGAGAACUGUGGCAGUUAUCAGAGACUUCAAGAUUUCCAGUGUCUCUGGUGUAAUUCUACGGUGCAUGAUGACUGCAGGAGACGGUUUUCCAAGGAAUGCUGGUUUGGAAGUCAUCGAUCAUCAGUCAUUCCUCCCACUGCCCUCAGCGACCCCAAGGGUGAUGGCCAAUUAGUAGUAUCUCCAGAUUUCUGGAAUCUUGAUUGGUCUUCAGCCUGUUCAUGCCCCCUUCUCAUCUUCAUCAACUCCAAAAGUGGCGAUCACCAAGGGAUCGUCUUCCUCCGGAAAUUCAAGCAAUACCUUAACCCGUCUCAAGUGUUUGACCUUUCGAAGGGUGGACCUGAAGCCGGGCUCUGCAUGUUCAAGAACUUUGUUCGCUUUCGCAUUGUGGUUUGUGGUGGAGACGGCAGCGUGAGCUGGGUCUUAUCUCUGAUUGAUGCCUUUGGAUUACAGGAACGGUGUCAGCUGGCAGUCAUCCCUCUUGGAACCGGUAAUGAUCUGGCCCGUGUCCUCGGCUGGGGUGCAUUCUGGAACAAAAACAAAUCACCUCUGAACAUCCUCAACAGAGUGGAGCAAGCUAGUGUGAGGAUUCUAGACAGAUGGAGUGUGAUGAUCCGUGAGACUCCCAGACAAACCCCAUUGCUAAGAGGACAAGUUGAAAUGGAUGUACCUCGAUUUGAGGCUGCUGCCAUCCAACACUUAGAAUCUGCAACCACUGAGUUGAACAAAAUCCUGAAGGCCAAGUACCCGACAGAGAUGAUCAUUGCAACCAGAUUCCUGUGCUCAGCAGUGGAAGAUUUUGUAGUUGAUAUUGUAAAGGCCUGGAGCCGGAUAAAACAGAACAAUACAGCAAUAGAGUCUGUGAUUUUGAAAAGCGACUUAAUGUACGACAAGCUCAGUGUCCUGAUUGAUAUCCUUGCUGAGGAUGCAGCAGUUGAGAAGAGUACGACAGCACAUGCAGACAGUGCCAAGGCAGAUGGAAAGCCCUUCAUCCCUCAAAUAGACCACAUAGCCAAGUGCAAGUUGGAGCUGGCCACAAAGGCCCAGAAUCUCCAAAAGUCCUUGAAACUCAUCAUAUUCCAAGUUGAACAAGUUCUUGAUGAGCAAAGCCGACAGACAAUAUCAGUCAAGAACUUUAGUUCAACUUUCUUCCUGGAAGAUGACUCAGAAGAUAUUAACCAGAUGAGCCCAAGACACCGUUCUCGUCUUGGUACUCUGUCUUCUAUAUCUUCUCUCAAAAGUGAAGACCUGGAUAACCUCAAUUUGGAGCACUUAUAUUUUACACCUGAAACUAUACGCUUCAAAGAAAGGUGUGUCAUGAACAACUAUUUUGGAAUUGGACUAGAUGCUAAAAUUUCUCUGGAAUUCAACACCAGAAGAGAUGAACACCCAGGACAAUACAAUAGCCGCCUUAAGAACAAGAUGUGGUAUGGCCUUCUGGGAAGCAAGGAACUUUUUCAGCGCUCUUACAGGAAACUGGAAGAACGAGUGCACCUGGAGUGUGAUGGAGAAGCCAUCUCCUUGCCAAACCUGCAAGGCAUUGUAGUGCUCAACAUUACCAGCUAUGCUGGAGGUGUCAACUUUUGGGGAAGCAGCACAGCUACCACAGAAUAUGAGGCUCCUGCGAUAGAUGAUGGGAAGCUAGAGGUAGUGGCAAUCUUUGGUUCUGUACAGAUGGCAAUGUCCCGUAUCAUCAACCUGCAUCAUCAUCGCAUCGCCCAGUGCCGUGAGGUGAUGAUAACCAUCGAUGGUGAAGAAGGUAUCCCAGUGCAGGUGGAUGGGGAGGCCUGGGUUCAGAGGCCAGGCCUUAUCAAGAUUAGAUACAAGAACACUGCCCAGAUGCUGACAAGAGAUCGGGACUUUGAGAACUCAAUGAAAAUGUGGAAGUGCAAGCAUUCUGAAAUCCAGGCUGCCUCUCAACCCCAGCUGGACUCCCAGGAAUCUCAAGAUAGCCUCUCUGAUGAGGAGUAUGCCCAGAUGCAGCACUUAGCUCAGCUUGCAGAAAACCUCAUCAGCAGACUUACUGACCUGAGUAAGGUCCACCAGCAUGUGUCUGUCCUCAUGGAUUCUGUGAAUGCCAGUGCUAACAUCCUGAAUGAUAUAUUUUACAACCAAGACAGUAGCAAUGAGGCAGGUGCAGCUUCCUGCACUCCCAUUGAGACUCUAACCAGAAAUGAUGCAGUAGAUGUUACAUUUAGUCUUAAAGGGCUCUACGAUGACACCAAAGCUUUCCUGGAUGAAAACUUGCUGAGAAAUGCUGAGUAUGAGGCCACACUGCAAACUUCCCUGGAUGCCAUGAAUAAGGAGUUUGAAAAGCUAUCUGAGAUUGACUGGAUGAAUUCAAUCCUUUCUCCAGAGGAAAAGUCUUCAGAUACUGACAGUAGAAGCCUCGGAUUGAAAGUUAAGUUCCCCAAAUUGGGAAAGAAGAAGCCAGAAAAGGAAGACAAACCUAAAUCAGGCCAAGGCAUCCAGGGCUUUAUUGGAAAUUUGUGGCACCGCAGACAUCAUGAAGAUGAAGCAAAAGAUGAUGAUCCUCCAACACCAUCAGGAUCUCAACUAUAA